AUGCUGUAUAGACUGGCGGCAGGACUAGCUCCUGCGCUGGCGACUGCCGGCCGCACCGCGCUGCCCAUGGCGGCGCGUCUAGCGGCGGCACGGGCCAUGACGGGCGUCAUUCACGAUUCUCCCGGUGUGGAGGAAGGCGUCAUCGUCACGGCGCACGCCCAUAAGACGAUGGUCACGUGCGACCAGGGAGGUUUCCGCUUCGACAUCGGCGAGCCCGGAAUGGACGAGGCAGACGAGGGCAACGGCAACGGCACCGCCGCCACGCCCCUCGGGCAUCUCCUCGGCUCGGUGAUCGGCAGCUCGCAGUGGAGCGCCCUGCACGCCGCGCGGGACAAGGGCGUCGACCUCGGCGAGGUCAAGUGGGUCGCUGUCGGGCACUACGACGCGCUGGGGCAGCUGGGCGUCAAGGGCCACACUCCGGUGAUCAAGGAAAUACAAGUGGUCGGACAGGUGUCCACCAACGUCACCGACUCCGUGCUGCAGUCCAUCCACGAGGACGCGCAGUCCAGGGACCCCGUGGUGGCCACGCUGCGCAUGGGCGGCGUCUCGCUGCAGCACGUCCUGAUGCGCAGGGGCGGGCACCUGCACGGGCGCUCCAACCAGCCGUGCUACCUGCACAGCUGCCUGGACAGCCGCGGACCGGGCACGCACCGCGUGCACCCCCCGGAGGACAGAGACGUCAGGAUGCAGCGCGGGGACCUGCCGUACCGCCCGCAGGGCGUGAAGCGGCAGGGCGUGCACGGCUCGCGGUUCGCGGCGUGGGGCAGGAUGGAGGAGGGCGGGUGA